GCAGCCUGCACCUUGUGCCUGAGCAAGAUCCUUGACCCUCGCUGAAAUCAACCUUAAUUACGAUUAAUACGAUGUUUUUUCUUUCAAGUUCCACAUCCUCCUUUAAGUCUGUUUUACUAUAGCUGGCGCCUUUGAUUUCCGUCCCGAUUUUUUUUUUUUUUUUUGCUCCACGGGCUGCGUGACACUCUGAAGAAAUGGGCGCAUUUCCUGUAAAAUGUACAGGGUUCUGAAAAGAAGCCCUGAAAGGGAAAUGAUUUUGAUACCUCUUCUGCAUUGAUUGAUUAUUAGUCAUGCCUGCACUUUAAUGGGCUCCAUUCAAUUGGGAAGGUGGAGCACUUGGAUGAAUUAACAUACCCCCCCCUCCAAUCUGUGCUGAAGUGUCUUUGAAAGGGGCAAGGAAAAGGGGGGUCGUGGCUUAACAUUAUAAAGGAAAAAAAUAAGACAGCAUCGCUUUCUUGCUGUUUGGAUCCGCUGUCUUGACAAGCUUUUGUUAGCCUAAAAAAUACGAAGCGCCGAAGGAGAAUAGGAUCUAGACACGCUGUUUCUGGAGAGCACUGUUUUUACCUAACCUAUUAAAGAGAAAAAAAAUCUAUAUAUACAUAUACAUAUACACCUAUAUAGGCUACAUUUUAUUCGCUCCACGUGAAAAUGAAACUUUUGCCUUUUUCUACUUGGUUGCCGUGCCUCUUGGUAUUCAGCUUGUGUCUGGGUUGCGAGUGCGGCGCUCUGAGGCGGACGGGCAGGUCUAAGAGAGACUUGGUGCGCGCGAGGGAGGCUGGCGGAGUCUCGCCCGGAGCGUGCGGCACGCGGCUGCCGCGGGGCAAGCGCUCUGUGUCCGGAGCGGAGUGGCGCGCGGGCCGCCUGCACGCGCGUUUCAGUCAGUCGGGAGCGAGCGCGAGCAUAACGCUCCGCCGCAACAGUGUUUACUUCAGCGGCAGAGGAGAUCAACUACGGCUUAAACCGAGCGUAGAGGUUCCACGCGGUAAUUUCACCCUGGAGAUGUGGAUCAAACCUGAGGGCGGUCAGCGCUCUCCAAGUGUGAUCGCAGGUCUCUAUGACAAAUGCUUCUAUGCAUCCUGUGAUCGAGGCUGGUUACUAGGCAUCAGACCCGUGAGUGAUCAAGGGAACAGGGAUCCUCGUUUCUUCUUCUCCCUCAAAACAGACAGAGCGCACAAGGUUACCACAAUCACCUCCAAUGCCCCCUACUCCCCCAACCACUGGCACCAUCUGGCUGUCACCUACAAUGGUCUCCAUAUGAAGCUUUACCUCAAUGGGGCUCAAGUGGCUGUAAGCCGAGAGCAGUCCGGUGAAGUCUUUAGCCCCCUUACCAAAAAGUGCAAGGUGCUAAUGAUAGGUGGCAAUGCUCUCAACCACAACUACAGAGGGACAAUGGAGCACCUCAGUCUGUGGAAAGAAGCCCUGGCCCAGCACAAGAUAAUCCAGUACAUGCAAAGCCCUCAAUCUGAGUACCAUGAUGACCUUUCCCAACUGGUCAUUUAUGAAAACUUUGAAAAUGCAUCUGAAAAGUGGCUAACAGUGAAAGAUGGGAGCUUUCCCCAGAUGGGGACUUCUGACCGCACAUUGACAGCCAAUCUUGGUGGCUCUGUGGAAACUGCACUGGUUCCUCCACCAUGUGGACAAACAAUCUGUGACAAUGUUGAGGUAGUUACAAACUACAACCGCUUAUGGACCUUUCGCAAACCUAAGACAGUGCGUUACCGUUUAGUGAAUGUGUACGAUGAUGACGGUCACUGGCCAACAGUUACAGAGCACCAGAUCAAUCUCCAGCACCAGGAUCUAAACAAAGCUUUCCGUAUCUACAACAUCACCUGGGAGUGCACUGUACACAAUGUCUACAACUCCUCCUUGCGCAACCGUCUGGUCCUGGCUAACUGUGACAUCAACAAAGUGGGUGACGAGGAGUGUGACCCAGAAUGCAACCACACACUCACUGGUUUUGAUGCAGGCUACUGCCGGAGGCAAACCAUUAGCUGUCCUGAGCAUAAACUAGGGAACAAAGUUUGUGAUCCUGAGUGUAACUUGGAUAAUUACAACUAUGACCAGGGUGACUGCUGUGACCCAAACAUCACUGAUGUCACAAAAACCUGCUUUAAUCCAGCAUCACGCUACAGGGCCUACUUGGCUGUGAAGGAGUUGAAAGAGACUUUGCACCUGGAUGGCUCUACACACCUUAACAUAUUUUUUGCAAACGCCACUGAUGAAGACCUAGCAGGCGAAGCCACAUGGCCUUGGGAUAAAGACGCCUUGACGCAUUUAGGUGGGAUCGUGCUGAAUCCUUUGUUCUAUGGCACAUUUGGCCACACACAUACGAUGAUCCAUGAGAUUGGCCACAGCCUUGGACUGUACCAUGUCUUCAGGGGGAUUUCUGAAAUAGAGUCAUGCAAUGAUGCCUGUCUGGAGACAGAACCCUCAUUAGAGACUGGGGACCUGUGUGCUGAUACAAACCCCACACCAAAGCACAAAUACUGCAGAGACCCGGAACGUGGAAAUGACACAUGUGGCCAGCGGCUCUUCAAGCACACACCAUUUAGAAAUUAUAUGAGUUAUGCUGAUGAUGCCUGCACAAAUUCCUUUACAAUGAACCAGAUGGCCCGGAUGCAUUGCUACUUAGAUCUGAUCUACCAGUCCUGGAGGACUGAGAGUAAGCCAGCCCCAGUUCCUCUAGCUCCUCAACUGAUGGAGCAAGGGCGAGAUUCCCUCACCCUGGAGUGGUUCCCUGCACUUACUGGUCAUUACUUUGACAGAGAAGUGGGAUCCUUAUGUGACAGAUGCACUGAAGCCAGAGUGUUCUUGCAGUAUGCCUCAAACUCAUCCUCCCCAAAACCCUGCGCUCCAUCAGGACACUGGAGCCCACGUGAGGCAGAGGGAUCACCGGAUGUGGAGCAGGUGUGUGAACCCAGUGUGCGUACCUGGAGUCCUCAUGCUGGCCUUGACUCUAGCAGUGUGGGCUCUGCUUCAUGCCCUCCACAAGGCUGCAUACUUCAACUGAACUUCACAUACCCAGUUGUGCCAGAAUCGCUCACUGUUUGGGUCACGUUCUUCUCAGCAGAAGAGAGUGACCUGGCAGCCAUCCACAACAUCCUGCUACUAACACUGAGUGGCAACAAUGUGUCUCUGGGUCCACAGAGCAUCUUCUGUGACAUGCCACUUACACUAAAGCUGACUGUGGAUGAAGAAGUGUAUGGUGUUCAGUUCUUCACUAUGGAUCAGCACCUGGAAAUUGACGCCACAAUGAUAGCCUCCAAACCAGGGCAUGUACUCUGUCAGGCAUGCCAACCCCUGCAAUAUAGGCUGACACGGAACCCGCCUUUCAGACAUGCACCUAAUGGGGUGGUGCUCAUGGAGCCUAUGAGGAGAUUUAUAGACAGGGACAUAGAGCCUGGUGAGACGUACACCUACCAUGUGCUGACUGUUUCCAAGACAGCAGAAAGUGAACCAUCUCCUGCUCUCAUACAUCAGCUGGGCUCACCAUACUGUGGAGAUGGACUCAUUCAACAUUAUCUAGGGGAGCAAUGUGAUGACAUGAACUUUGCCAAUGGAGAUGGCUGUUCCAACCAGUGUAAAAAGGAACCGUUGUUUAACUGUGUUGAUGAACCUAGUCUUUGCUACUUCUAUGAUGGUGAUGGUCUUUGUGAGGACUUUGAGCGGGAGAAGAGUGUGAGGGACUGUGGACUCUACACACCCAGUGGUUUCCUGGACCAGUGGGCCACAGGGGUGGAGGUUUCCAAUGAGCACAGAAUACAGUGCCCCGCAGAGGUGGCUGCAGGGUAUCCUGCCGUGACAAAGAGCUGUCUGUCGAAGGUUUUUGACCUGUCUGAUGUUGGGGUGUCUCAGUAUGCUUGGUUCCCAUGUGAGGAAUCACAGCGGCACAGCUGGAACCCUGAGUACAAGUUAAAGGCAUACUAUUCCCACCCCAUGGUAGCUGCUGCUGUCAUUAUUCACCUGGCUGCAGAUGGGACCAUCUACGGUGAUCAGACGCAGAGCAAUGUCACUGUCAAGCUGGUGGACACCAAGGAGCAGCUCCACAAUCUUGGUGAAUGGCGACUGAGUUGCAGAAACAACCCUCUAGUGAUCCCAGUGAUUCAUGACCUGAGCAUGGCUUUCUACAGGACCAAGGCUAUUGAAGUGAGCUUCCGCUCUGCACUGGUGGCCAUUUCUGGAGUGGGUCUGCGUUCUUUUCAGUAUUUCGACCCCAUCACAAUUAGCGGCUGCCAAAGCAAUGAGAUCUACAACCCUAUGGGCCAAAGUUGUGUUCAUUACUCAUGUGAUGCCAUUGACUGCCAGAAGCCUAUGGUGCACAACGCGGAGAUGAAGUGCAGCAGUCCAGGUUACUUCAAUGGUGUCCGCUGUAUGGUCACCUGCAACCGCGGAUACACCCUCGAAAUCCAUAGAGAUGAUGAAAUCAUCAAAACUCAGUCGGACACUAUGGCCACCCUCACUUGCGCUGAUGGGAAGUGGAACAAACAGGUGUCAUGUGAACCAGUGGACUGUGGACGCCCAGACAAAUACCAUGUGCACCUGGCCAACUUCAGUUUCACUGAGGGCACCACCUAUGGCAAGAAGUGCACUUUCCAGUGUAUGCACCCAGCACAGCUGUUAGGCAGCAAUAACGUGCUGACAUGUAUGGAAGAUGGCAUGUGGUCCUUCCCAGAGGCUAUGUGUGAGCUGCGCUGUCCCAUGCCUCCUUCCAUCCCCAAUGCCAUUCUGCAAACCAAACGCUGCAAUGCCAGUGGUCUCAAAAUCGGCUCUUUCUGCAAGUACAAGUGCAAGCCAGGCUACCAUGUGCCUAGUGCUGACAACCCCAAAAGACGGUCGUUCACACGACAGUGCACAGAGAAUGGUACCUGGCAACUGGGCAUGUGCGUGCCAGUGACGUGCGAGCCACCACCACCGGUCUUCUAUGGCAGCUACCAGUGUACUAAUGGCUUUCAGUUCAAUAGUGAGUGCUGGCUGAGCUGUCCCGAGGCUAAUCGCAUGACAACCUCCACCACUGUGAUCCGCUGUAGAAAGGAUGGGAACUGGACUGGCUCUUUCCAACUCUGUCCCCAGCUUAAAGGCCAGUGCUCCCUCCCUCAAAACCUGAGUCCGGAUAUCAAUCUUACCUGCAGCAGGGGGCAUGACAUUGGAAAGCAAUGUGAGGUGACGUGCAGAGAUGCUGGUAGCAGUGUGGUGCUCCUCCCCAGGAACAUGACUGUGGAUGCCUUAAUGAAAGACCACUGGAGAAACCCACCCAAAGUUAAGAGUAUUGUAUGUACAGUUGUACUGAAGUGGUAUCCAAGCCCAGAGAUUCUCCAUUGCAUAAAGGGUUGUGAGCCUUUCAUAGGCGAUAAUUACUGUGAUGCCAUCAACAACCGAGCGUUCUGUAACUAUGAUGGUGGAGACUGCUGUCAUUCUACUGUCAAAACUAAGACGGUGAUUCCAUUCCCCACGUCUUGUGACACCCUAGAAGACUGUGCAUGUCGAGACCCCAAUGCACAGGAGAACAAUAAAGGGAUUCGACACCGUACUCUGGGCUGAGGCCGGGCCACUGGAGGUCCUCCUGGUACCCAACAGGGGAAAAACAAUAAAACAAAAAACCUUUCUCUCUCCAUGCUGCUUACUAGAGGGCCAUUCCACUCAUGCUGUACCCUGACCUGCCUGCCGAUGAGCCGUUGCCCACUAUGGUAUGCCGCUCAACAAGCAACAACACAUUAAAAUAUAUAAUCCUAAAUAGGGUUCAAUUAUGGACGAAAAAGUGGAGUGUUUUAGGAACCAGCUCAACAAAAAAUAAACAGAGACGUCAUCAGUAGAAGCUGGACGCAAGCCCAAACUUGACAGUUUUAUUGCUUUGUAUUCCCGAGUCAUUAUUUGUAAGGCACAACUGCAGCAAAGUGAUUAGAAAGCAACACAGAGAAAACCUUUUCAUGCUCUGAUUGUUUUGUUUCUUAUUUUAAUAGAAACCAUUCAUUCUUAAUAAGACCAACAAAAAGCAGAAAAGGAAAGACUAAAAAAGCUAGCAGUCUUGGAAAUUCCUAAGCUGAUACUUCAGAGAAAUCACUUCAGCUAUUCAUAAAAAUGCUCCCACCCAUGUCCUUUAGUUUCCCACUGAUGUGUUUAACAACAAAUGGUCUGGUAUAGCAUAGGAAAAGCAAAAAGCCCUUCCGAGGCAUUUUGACAAAUAUUCUUGAAGAGCCAAAUGCACCACUGAGCUGCGUGAAACAUAGGAAACAUGAGGUGUCUGUCCAUGAUGGAUUGGAGGAUGAUGAGGUAGGCAAUAAAUCAGCAAAAUAAAACUGCAAAUCAUCAAGAAAUAUGCACACCUGAAUCUGAAAAGUAUCAGCUUUUUUUGUUUUUAUUUUAUUGAAUGAAUACCUCUCUCAGAAGAGACAUUCAUUCAAUAAAAUACAGCCCUACAGAUGUGUGUAACUGAGAGCAAGGGAUCAAGAAUAAGAGGAGAAGGGAUAAAAGGGGAGAUAAAGACAGAAAGCGCGGCUGUUGUUGCUAGAUUUUCUGCUUGAGCCAAGCAGGCAGAUAUCUCUUCAGAGUGUGUAUACAGUUUGUUCUCCAUCUUACCUCCUGCCAUAAUGCAGCUAUAUAGAUUUAAAAAGUAUUUUAGAAAGCCUAUACAACACUGACACAUGUUUAGAUACUUACUGUAUUUAUCAGUCUGCAGGAAUUACAUACAAGACUUCUGGACUAUAUUUAGAUAUUUGGCCUUCUAACAAUUUCUUCAGCAAACCAUUUGUCUUAACAAUAAUCAUACUUACACAAAUCCGGUACUGCCAUAGCAAGCAUAAUAUACAAAACUGUAACCAAAUUAAAACUUGCAUGAAGAACUUGUCAGAGAGACAUGCUGAUAUGUGACCUGCUGACUGUUUUGUGCUGAGAUGCAAAUUAUCAGUACUAACUAUGUGAGUGCUUUUGCAUUUAGUUAUGUGCCUCAUGUAAAUCCUUUUUUUACAUUAUGGUUGCAGCUUAUUUGAACUUUAUUUGACUGAGCCAUGAGCCAUUAAUGUCCAGUUCCAGUAAAGCCAUUUCAAUAAAACCAGCCAGUUCAAAUAAUGACAUGAAUAGUCAUCAUCCCACCCUGAUUAGCAUAGCCUUUCUGAGGUAAGCUUUAACAGACACUAAAAUGUAUCACAAUAGAUCAGUAAAACAAAAAGAAUAUCAUGCAGAUGCCCCAGAAGCAUGAACAAUGAACUAAUCAGUAUUAAGUAUGUAACCAGUGAAGGAAUGUAUAGUACUGUUUUCUUGCCAUUAAUGUAAAACGUCCAUGCUAAAUGGCCACAGUAGUAGACAUAUAGGGUUACAAUAAACAAAACCUACUUAAAAUGAACUGCUGGGUUUCAGAAUCAGAUAAUCAAAUCAAAUUGCUCUAUCAUGUCUACAGUAACUUUUGCGGGGCGGGGGCUUGGUAGCAUUCAUUCAUUCAUUCUUUCAUUCAUUCAUCUUCAUUAACCUCUUUAUCCUGGUCAGGGUUGCAGUGUAUUUGGAUCGUUUCUCAUGCCAACUGGGCAUGUAAAAUGAUUAUUCCCUGAAUGAGACAUCUGUCUAUUCCAGGGCACUAUGUCACACUCACUCACACACUCUUUCCCAGGGGAUAUUUACUGUAUCCACCUACUAGCAUAUUUUUGUGGGAGGAGACAGGAAAACCCAGAGGAAACCCACACAGACAUGGAGCUAAGGAGCAAACCAGGGACCCUUGAUUUGGGACUAAAGGUUAAUGACAAAUACAGUACAACAAAAAGUGCAUUUUCCUUCAAAAUAGCCAGAAUUUUUAAGGCACUAAGGCAUGUCUAAUAUUUCAAAGUGACUCAUUGUCUACAAAACACAGUACCAGUUUGUAUAAGAUUAUUACAGUUGGUUCUUUGCACAUGUACAACCUAGUCAUUGAACUGUCUUUGUUCCACUGUUAGCAUCACACCUUAAAACUAAUUUCAGGUUUUAUGAAUAAUUAUCAUUUGGCUACUGCAAAUUAGGAAAAACAAGAAUAAAUUAUAUUGUCAUUGUUGAUCAUUCUUGCAGUACUGGCAGCAGCAAACUCAUAGACUUUACAGUUCAUGUGUAGGCAUGAAAUCUAAACAGCAGGUGGGUUGCAACUCACAGUUAUAAAUAUUUUAAUCAUAGUAUUCCUCCCCCUGUGCAUUACUAACAUAAAGUGAGUCAGGUUUUAAUUUCAUCCUUUUCAAGAGAUUGCAUGUAUCCUCAGAAAAUGGAGUGGACUAGUCUAUAGCUGCAUUCCAGUCAGUAAUAUCUUGUAGCCCCUUGUGCACUUUCCAUCCAUGCAAGGUCAACAGUCACAAUAUGAACUCAUCCAGCUGCAGAAUGGCAUAGAGACAUUUAUCUUGCACAGUGUCCAUGAACCCUGCCCCACACUCUCACACCGUGGCUUCCUCUUGUGCAUCUGUUACUGAUAAUGCGGGAACAGCAGAAGAUGUUAAUACAUAGCUGCGUAAAUGCAAGACUGCACAUUCAGCAGAGACUGGCUGUGUCAGUUCAACAUGUGAUCUCAGCAAGUAUGUUUGUUCAUGGAAUUAUUUGGAAGCAACUGAGAUAACAGGAGUAAAUAGGAUAGAGGGUCUUGGGAUAAAUAGAUAAAUAGACAUAGUAUGUAGAUUAUUUUACAAUGUCUUUGGAUUUGGUGGUGCAUUCUUAAACUGUAUCCUUAAAAAUCUGUAUUUUUAUCAUUGACCUCAUUUACUGCACUUGUUUUUGUAAAGUUGUUUGUCAAUGAUAAAAAAAAUAUAUAUAUAGCAAAAAAUAUAUGUUUAAAAUACAAAAGCUGCUAUGGUCAGAGAGAUAAAGUGUAAUUAUUACAUGAACUAAUAUUCUUAGUGUAGUCCAUCAUAACAUACUGAAACCUUUUUUUUUACUUUGUCCCUUUUUUUUUGAUAAAUGUUAUUUCCUAAUUAUAAUGGUAGGAAAGAAUUACAAUACAGAGUUCAUAAAGGAAAUCCAAAUAACCUCAGAAUACACUCUACAUGGCUAUCCAUUAGAACAACCCCAGCACCAAUAGAAAACGCAUGGCAACAAAUAGAGUGAAAAGACCAUGCAGGUAGGACAGUAGAGUAGUGAGCUUUUUGUUUAGCAUUCAAACUUAGGUCUGUUUUCAAUUUAUCAGUGUGCCAUGUGAUAAGUCUUUAUCCUCAGUGUUAGAUUGUAUGCGAUUGUAUGUAAUAAUAAAUACAAAAAUACUGCUGCUUUAUAUAUGUAUAUCACUUGGAGAGAGUGCCUAGGACAAAUGCCAGUACACAUAUAAUUUCACGAAACAGUAUCACAACCAGUUUCACUACAGAACGACCCACUUCUAUACUUUCGCAGUAAAUGCCUGCUUUAUUUUCUGCAAAAAAGGAUGUGUAAAUCCUUUUUUUUUAUUUUUUUUAUUUUAAGCCAUGAAAACUUACAUUGAAACAAGUGAAGCCUGGUGUAAAUGUCGAAAGAUAAAACACAUUCUACUGUAAAGUCAACAGGAUCCUUUUGCUGUACCUCAUGCUUGGAAUAUUUGCUGCUUACUUAUUCAGUAUUUUAGUUAUUUAAGUCACUUAGCAAUAUACAAUGUUGUAUAUAAUAUAAUUAUUUAUUAAGAAUGUGGGUGUUUUAUUUAUAUUUACACAGUGUUCAUCUAAGUUAUUUUUGUAUGUCUCUGAUGUAAACAUCAUUUGGUGUCAUUAAAACUUUGUGAGUUUUUCCCCUCCUCUCUUACUCUCUCUGUCAGUUUAUCAUUUUUUUUUCAAUUAAAAGCUACAGGUUAUAUCUUUCAAACAAACUGUAAAAUGACCCAUUUCCUAAUAAAUGUUUUUUUCGUAUUUAGGUAAAAUGUUAAUGGAAAUGUCAGAUGGGAAAAGCUCCCCAUUGCUUUAUUGGUAUAUCAACCUGUUUUAAAUUCAUUAUAUUAAAUUUGGGGGAAAUGCCUAGGGAACAUUUAUGUCCUGUUUGUGCAUGCAGAUGUCCACUUUGAAAAGAUCAAGGACUAAAGGUGUUUAUGUGGUUAAAUGUAAAUUGUUGAACAUCUGAGUAAAGCAGCAGAAGGCUGAAGGCAGCUUAACUGCUGCUAUAUGACUGUGUAUAGACAAGCUCUUGUGUCGUUGCCCCCGUGAGCAAACCACAGCAUUGUCCAUUCAUUUUUAGCAUUUUUGUACAGAUUCAUCCAACAUCCAACAAGUAAUUUGUCAUAGUCUUUUUCCAGAUUACAUUAUUUAUAUUAUAUAUAAUGUAUUAUAUAUUCUAGCUGUCUACCACAGUAUAAUGGCGGUGAAGUUAAGAAUGAAAAGCAGCUCAGAGUGCAGAUUUUCAGAUGUAAUUUAAGGCUAUGUAAAGGUGAAUGGUGUAGGGAUUAUCUGGUCUGGAAACCAUAGACAUCACCAGAUGCUGUUUUUUCCCCUGAUGGUGCCAGGUCUUUACUGCAGCUGUCCUGCUUGUUCUUGGGGUGAUUGCCCUUGGUGCUUUGCCUGAAACCAAGUGCCAAUUUAAUACAUGAUCAUUUUAAUUAGGCUAUACUUUUGGUCCCUUAAAAACAUGAGCAAAUAAAAAUUGCUGAAAAAAGUAUAUUGUCUAAUCAAGUUGGAUGGAAAGUCCCCCAUUUAAAUCUAGAUGCCUACUGUUUAUUUAAUAUCAUAGUUCAAUUUAAUUAACACAAUUUAAUUCCAAAUAAAAAAUAAAGUAUUCUUACAAAGUCUGAGAAAUAUGACUUUAAAAAAGCUUUAAAGUUUUAAGGUCAAAAAUUGUUUCAAAUAAUGUCAAAAAUCUAUAUAUGAUAUGUUUUAUUUUCUUCUGUUUCUCAUAAUAUAAUCAUGUAUUCUACAGAGAAAUCAUUUUGAUUUCUAUUGUAAAAGAAAAGAGUGCUUAUACAGGUUGUAAUGUGAAAAGAAUUGUACCUCUCCUCUUCAUUAGCACUGGUCUCUGGAAACACUGGUUAAACUUUAUGAACUUAUCUCAUUACACAUUCAGUACACUGGUUUGGGCACCAUUCUGUUUUUUUUUCUUAGCAAUCAACUUACUACUGUCAAUUGUCAGUUUUCAGUAUGGAUCAUAUUGCUGUGUCAUUCAUGGUUUAUGUCAAGCAUCUUCUGUACUAUAUUCUUUCACAAACUCUUUUUUUCCACAAAAUUUUAUGGCCAUCAACAUUAUUUUUCUUGACAUGUAUUAUUUAGACAAUAAACACCAGUUCAGAAAACAUAAAUGGUAAGUUUGUGCUUAAUUAUACAAUCAUCUCCCCAU